AUGUUGAAGAUCUUCAAACGGGGAAACAGCGCCACGGGCCACCACAGGCCACCACAGGCCGCCACAGGCCCCCACAGGCCCCACAGGCCGCCACAGGCCCCCAAGGGCCCCCACGGGCCCCCACGGGCCGCCACGGGCCGCCACGGGCCCCCACGUGCCCCCACGGGCUGCCACGGGCCCCCACGGGCCCCCACAGGCCCCCACAGGCCCCCACAGACCGCCAAAGGCCCCCACAGGCCCCCACAGGCCCCCACAGACCGCCACAGGCCACCACAGGCCGCCACAGGCCACCACAGGCCCCCACAGGCCCCCACAGACCGCCACAGGCCGCCACAGGCCCCCACAGGCCACCACGGGCCGCCACGGGCCGCCACCACAGGCCCCCACAGGCCCCCACAGGCCGCCACAGGCCACCACAGGCCGCCACAGGCCACCACAGGCCCCCACAGGCCCCCACAGGCCGCCACAGGCCGCCACAGGCCGCCACAGGCCCCCACAGGCCGCCACAGGCCGCCACAGGCCCCCACAGGCCACCACAGGCCGCCACAGGCCGCCACAGACCGCCACGGGCCCCCACGGGCCUCCACGGGCCGCCACGGGCCACCACAGGCCGCCACGGGCCCCACGGGCCACCACGGGGCCCCCACCGCAGGCCCCCGGGCCCCCACAGGCCGCCACGGGCCCCCACAGGCCCCCACAGGCCACCACGGGCCCCCACGGGCCGCCACGGGCCGCCACGGGCCCCCACAGGCCCCCACAGGCCCCCACAGGCCGCCACAGGCCCCCACAGGCCGCCACAGGCCCCCACAGGCCGCCACAGGCCCCCACAGGCCCCCACAGGCCCCCACAGACCGCCACAGGCCCCCACAGGCCCCCACAGGCCGCCACAGGCCCCCACAGGCCCCCACAGGCCGCCACAGGCCCCCACAGGCCCCCACAGGCCCCCACAGGCCCCCACAGGCCGCCACAGGCCCCCACAGGCCCCCACGGGCCGCCACAGGCCGCCACAGGCCGCCACAGGCCCCCACAGGCCCCCACAGGCCGCCACAGGCCCCCACAGGCCCCCACAGGCCGCCACAGGCCGCCCCAACACCGUUGUUAUUGUUUGUGUUGCCGUGCUGA